AUAAUAUUAUGAUGUGAUGAUAAAGUUAAAAGUUAUUGUGUGUAAUAUAAUGUGAGGGAGAUUUAUUUCAUAUUAGGGUAACAAUAAUUCAAACAUGAGUAUCGAAGCUCGUGGCGGGCUGACGUCCCGAUGGUGUGCGAUGGCAGCAGCGAUGGCCGCCCUGGCUACCGUCACCACCGUCGGCAACAUCGCCGUGCUGAUAGCACUGCGACGCACGCGCACUGCGCCCGCGCACUACCCGCUCGCCAGUUUAGCUACAGCCGAUCUACUGGUCGGCUUCUUUGUGCUGCCCGUCGCUGCUGCGAGGGAGCUGUUUGUGUUUCAAUCCAACUGGAUAAUCUGCAGCUGCUGGAAGAUCAUGGACAUCACGUGCUGCACAGCAUCCAUCCUGUCUCUCUGCUGCUUGGGCUGGGAGCGCUGGUGCGGCAUCACAGCUCCGUUGGCUCGAGCCAGGCGAGCUAAGUUAGCUAGACUGUUCGCUUGUCUGGUCUGGCCUGUCUCCUUGACCGUGGCACUGCCAACCGCAUUCAUACCAUCCCCCAAGACCUCGCAGAUUGGAGUGGAGAAAGGAUGUCCUGAUAAUACGCAUAUUGGCUACGCGUUCUACUGCGCUUCCCUAUCGUUCUACCUGCCUGCUGUAAUGAUGGUGGUGCUGUACGCAAGGAUUCUGUGCGCCCUCUCCGUGCCGCUGGAGAUACGGUCACAUCGAGGAGCGGUGCAGGGUUCAGACAACAGUCAAGUGGGUAAAGCUACUACAUCGGCGUUAAGAAGGAGUACUACUGUUACCACGGAGCUGGUAAACUUACCUGACCAGACUAAUACUGAAGUACCAUCAUCUCCGAAAGACAUUAACAUGAAUACACUAGCAACAACCGCCGAGCUCACUGCAGCUUCUCCAGCUAAACACCCAGGAGCUCCAAGCUCCAUCGUGUCUCGUCAGCAGCGCGCCACCCGCACCAUCAUCAGGCUGAUGGGGCUGUUCCUGUUCUGCUGGACACCAUUCUUCAUUGUGCUGCCAGUUGACGCCCUCUGCCAUUGCGUCUGGGAGCCAAUCUGGCAGGUGUGCACUUGGCUGGGGUUCACCAACUCGGCACUGAACCCGUUGGUCUACGCAGCAGCCUCUCCUAGCGUCAGGAAGGCACUGCACGCUUCAUUGACCAGCUCUGUUCGUGCUGAAGUGCCUUUGACGCCGAAUGUUCGAACCUGCUGUUGAGCUGGUAUCUCAAGAUGGCGGCGAUUGCCAAGAUGGCCGACAGGAGUAAUGACGGGCGGGAGACUGUGGCGGCGCCACCGAAGUCUUUGGCGUCUGGGGAGCAAUUCUUGCACGUGCAGCGGCCGGAGAGGCAGUAUCCUGGCUCGUUC